AUGGCGCUCCAUGCCAAUCCCAUUCACACAGUGCAUACGCGUGGCACCGCGACUUCUUUCGAUCUCCUUGAAGACUACUUCUCCCACGAAUCCCUCACCAUCGCCAUCCCACCGCAUCCGCCGUCCACAGCCUUCGCCGAGCUCCUCAACUACCACACAAACCAGCCACCAGCCGAAGAUACGAUCGCAGCGCAUCAGCAAAUCUUCCUCAGCCAGCGACCCUCAGACAGCAUAGUGUGA